UAUGUUAUAAUGUAAUUCACUUCUCCCGUCAGAGAAUAUGGACUAGCACGACCUAGAACUGUAAUCUAGACCAUUCAGUUUCACACUAAAACAAUAAAUAACUCGCGCCAAGUCGAGGCAGGGUCCCGCGAGGACGAGGUCGCUGUUGGGAAAGGGACUGUGAGAUUUCCUUCCUUCCUUGUGCUAUUACUUAUUUCGUGAAAUUGGCUGGUGUGGAGGAAACACAACUCGGUUCAACAGUUCAUUUUAAAGUCAUUAACAUUUUGAUGCACGGCCUGCCGGAGAGCGGCAUUUAGACCGCAACGUUCGUUUAGAUAAGGCCAUUUUCAUCUUCCGAUAGUUUUAUUACUGGCGUGCUUUACAUACUGAGGUUUGUCCUGAUAGACACCACAACAUGGAGGAAGAGAUGAAAUACAGUUUUCAGACAGGAGUGAGGAACACAUUCGGAGUGGUGGAUUAUGUUCUGUUCGGCUUACUUCUCUGUGUAUCUGCAGGCAUCGGUCUGUUCUACGCCAUCAAAGACAGGAGGAAACAAAACAUUAAGGAUUUCCUGUUGGCGGGAGGGAACAUGAGUGCCAUUCCCGUGGCCUUGUCCCUCCUGGCGAGUUUCAUGUCGGCCAUCACGUUGCUAGGGACGCCAGCAGAGAUGUACAAUUAUACGACUAUAUACUAUUGGAUAGGACUGGGCUACUUCUUCACCAUCGGGGCUGCUGCUCACAUUUAUAUACCGGUCUUUUACAGGCUUCGGGUCACUAGUGCCUACCAGUACCUGGAAAUGAGAUUUGGUAGACCUACACGAUCACUCAUAUCCAUUGUUUACGUCAUUCAGAUGGUGCUGUACAUGUCCAUCGUUCUGUAUGCCCCGUCACUCGCCAUGAAUGCUGUGACUGGAUUCACCUUGUGGGGUUCCGUUUGGGCGGUCGGACUUGUCUGUAUCUUCUACACAACAAUCGGCGGUAUGAAGGCAGUGUUAUGGACCGAUACGUUCCAGGUUGGAGUGAUGCUGGCAGGUUUGUGUACCAUCCUAAUACAGGGUUCGAUAGAGGUCGGAGGAUUCUCCAAAGCAUGGCAAUUAUCCGUGGACAGCGGAAGAGUCCUGUUUGAUGACUUUAACCCUGACCCUAUAGUCCGGCACAGUGUCUGGUCGUGUGUGUUCGGAGGCGCUAUAACGUGGUUGGCUGUGUAUGGUGCGAAUCAGGCCCAGAUACAGAGAGCUAUCACUUGUCCUACACUGCGGAAGGCACAGAUGGCCUACUGGUUUAACUUUCCCGGACUGUGUGUGAUACUUUACCUAUGUUGUUUUAUUGGUACCGUCGCUUACGCAUUCUACAGAACCUGUGAUCCAAAGACGUUCGGGCUCAUCAGCGCAUCCGAUCAGUUGUUGCCACUUUUCGUCAUGGAUGUUCUUGGGAAGAUGCCUGGCAUUCCUGGAAUAUUUGUCUCCUGUAUAUUCAGUGGAGCACUGAGCACACUAUCGUCCGGUCUCAACUCCAUAGCCGCUGUACUGCUAGAAGACGUAGUCAAGGUCUUUUGCGUGUCUGACAUUAGCGAACAGAGGGCAACCAAUGCAUCCAAGCUCAUCGCAUUGGUAGCAGGAUUUGUCUGUCUCGGCUUGACAUACGUGGCUUCCAUGCUUGGUGGAGUUCUACAGGCUGCCCUUGCACUGUUCGGGAUGCUUGGAGGACCUAUACUUGGCGUUUUCACACUCGGGAUCAUUUUUCCGUGGGCAAAUCAAAAGGGUGCCCUAACCGCUGUAUCCUCAGGUGUGAUCUUCAUGUUGUGGAUCGGUGUUGGUUACCAGGUACAUAAACCGCCCGUCGCCACUUUCUCGGUCACCAGUCUGAUUGGCUGUAAUUGGAACCUUACACGUGAUCAGUCCGACACCAACUUCACACAGCCAUUGGGAGAUAUUCUAAGUAAUGCCACAGCCACGGAGUACUCUACAUGGGAUCCGUUCGUCCGCCUGUACUCUCUAUCCUACCUUUGGUACAGUGCCACAGCCAUGUUGUAUGUGAUCAGUGUUGGUCUCAUUGUCAGCUUCGCUACAGGCAAAACAGACGCCAAGUCACUCGACCCUAAGCUGAUGUGUCCAAUAUUUGAUGUCUUCCUGCCAUUUCUACCUGAAAAAGUUCGCAAGCCUCUACGUUUUGGAGUGGACUAUUCGAAGAUGAAGGAGCAAACCGAGGAAAGCGAUCGUGACGAAAUGGAGGUAUUUGUUGAUAAAAAUGGCCAAGAGAUGACAGACGUCAACGGGAUACCUUCCUGACCACGCGGUCGAUGAUAGAAGAAGCAAUUAUACACUAGUUGAUAAAUACAUUAUUUUAUAGAAGACAAUUGCUCAAAAACGGAAUCAUUUUGUCAAACAGGAAUAUCUGUCUGUUUUGUUCAUGUCUUUAUGACCGUAAUGCCUAUACGAAGA